AUGUCGCCGUCCAACAUGGAUCUCGCAGCGAAGGAGGUCUUGGCCAACAAGCUGCGCCAUCCGGGCCAUACUACGGCAGCGGCGCCACCGGCGCCGCCACCAAGCGCUGGACCUACGGAUCCUUUUGAAGGCGCUAUCGAGCCUGUCUUGAUCACUGAGCCUGUCGGCGACGAGCGGCCACGCAAGCGCAUCGUCACAGCUCGACAUCUUGAACACUUUCAGCACACCGCACUGUUCGGCGAGAUCCUUGGAUUUAUUCGUGCUUGCAACCAAGCAGUAAAGGGGCAUACACUGACGGAGUCAGAAGACGUAAGCCCUGUCAUCCAAAGCCUUCUUGACGUGCUGGACCGUGUCCGUACCUUGGUCGACGAGACGCCGCGCGAUACAGACUCUGCUUCGGUCUCCCGCUUCGGCAAUCCUGCUUUUCGUACCCUAUAUACGAAGAUUUGCGACGCUACGGAUACGUUGCUACAGCGCAUUCCCGGCCUGGAAGGCGAUUCUCACCGUGCCGCACGUCAGCAACUGUCGGUUUAUUUUUACGAAGCAUGGGGCAACGCGAAACGUAUUGACUACGGCAGUGGUAUGGAGCUGAAUUUCCUGUGCUGGAUGCUGGGCCUGGUGAAGUUGGGCGUUCUUGAUCUGGCAAAGGAUGCCAGGACGUUGGUGCUUCGCGUAUUCUGGCGCUACAUUGAGAUUAUGCGUGUGAUCCAAGCCACGUACUGGCUCGAACCUGCUGGUAGUCACGGCGUAUGGGGCUUGGACGACUACCAUUUCCUGCCAUUCUUGUGGGGCGCCGGUCAACUGGUCGAUCAUCCGUUCCUUCGUCCCAAGUCCAUUCACGACAGCGAAAUGGUGGACGAGUGUUCGACCAAGUACAUGUACUUUGCCUGCAUUCAGGCCAUCAAUGCUGUGAAAACCGAGUCGCUUCGCUGGCAUUCCCCCAUGCUCGAUGAUAUUUCCAGCGUGCGUACAUGGGCCAAGGUCAAUCAGGGUAUGGUCAAAAUGUACCUAGCUGAAGUGCUAUUGAAAUUACCAAUUGCACAGCAUAUCUUUUUCGGCUCACUUCUGUCGUUCGGUGAUAUGGACGACGACGAUGUUGCGGGCGUCGAAGAAGACGAGCAUGGCCAUCGCUUCGAGGCGGGAGCAACACCGCACAAGCAUGGGCACGGCGAGGGCCAAGCCGCCGGCUGGGGCGAUUGCUGCGGCAUUCCCAUACCCAGUGUAUUUGCAGCCCUGGAGAAGGAGCGAGAGGCCGGACACCGUCCUGCGACCGAAUGGCCCGUUCGACGUAUUCCUUUCGACUAG